ACAGUUUUUACCCAGCCGCCUGCGCUAUUAGAUUUGAUGCCUAGGUUAGCAGCACAUUGUUCGGACACGAAGAGUUCAGAAGCGCCCGUAUCCACCAGUGCCUCCACCGAUUGUCCUGCUAUGAUCAUAUCAGCAUACAUGAGCCCCUUGGCUCGACUACUCGUCUUGCUUACUGCCCCCAGCAGCACUGAGCCCAAUCGCGCUGCCUGGUCUGAUUGUGGCUCCUCCUCCGAGGCUAUCGCCACUAGCUUGGUGCGCUUUGGGCAAUCUCGGACCCGAUGUGGUCCGUCACACAAGAAGCAACCCGUCGGUUGGUCCUCCUUGUUUCUGAAAGAUCUCCAUUUUGAGGUUUGUCCUUGUCGGCUCGGGAGUAAUCUACCAAGCUUUCGGCCACUGCCAUGGCUCAAGUGAGGUCUUGCAUGCCUCUCCUUUGCAACUCUUGCUUGGCCCAUGGUUUCAAACCACCAUGAAGGUGAAGAGGGCCUCCCUCUCCCCUAGAUCCCCCACUUGAAGGGCCAGCUCG